CUACACUCAGUCUCUUUUAGCGUGCGUGGUGUUCCUUGGGCGCCAUUUUUCUUCCUGUGAAUUUUGUUGUUUGUCGCGUUUAAACUUUCAUAAUAGAAAAUGACUGAUAUUGAUUUACCUUUAUCCGACAUAAUUACCAAGAAAAAAAUUAUUCUCAACCGUGGCCGAGCAGCCCCCAAAACUGCCAUGACUUCAAGGCAGCAAACUAACAGCAAUGUCAAGCCCAAUAUUAUAAAGACAACUGGAGAUGCCCGUAACCACCUCAUCCAGAAGAAGAGGCAGCACUUUACUGACGCUCGAGAACAGCUCGCCAGGAUUGCUAAGACUUCUGAUGCUCGUGACAAGCUCAAUAAAAUACGGGGCAAUCAGAAGGGUAUUCCUGAACUCAUACAGGAACUGCAAGCAAAGCCCACGGACAUGCGCCAGAAACUCAACUUGAAGCGCAACGGAGCCCUGCAGGUGAAGAAAAAUUUCGUCAAUAUCCAACAAGUUAAGACUGGACUUCAGACUGCGAGCAAGGGAGGAGUGGGCAACACGCGCAUGCAAGGCACUGCCAUCAUACGAACGGUCUCUGGCAACUCGGGGGUGAACCGCACCGUCGUGCCUACCGUAGGACGAACCGUCCAGAACCUGAACCGCACCGUGCAGAACCGGGGCGUGUCUAAUGCAUCUGUGAACAUCCAGCGUAAACGCCUGGUUCCUGCCAAGGGAAUAUCUGGGUCGCUGAUCCAGCAGUUUCACCGCAGCAACGCUGUGCGCUUACAGCAGCAGCAGCAGCCUGCUGUGGCGCAGGUGGUCACUGUGCGCAGCAACGCUGCACCGCUGGUGCGCAGUGUUCGCCCUCUGCAAACCGUGGCGCGUCGGCGCGUAGCUGUGGCUGGCAGCGGCCCUGUGUACGCCACACAGCCGCGCCACACGAUGGUUGCGCCUCAAACGAUCUACCGCCAAGUGCCCGCCAGGGUGCCGGCCUACAGGCAGGAGGCUGUGGUGAUGCAGGAGCAGCCGAUGGUGUACGAACAAGACGAUGGUGCGUAUGAUGACGAGCCUCUCACUUACGACGAUGACUACGACGUGGUCCCUCAGCAGCAGCUGCAGCCCGUCUACUACGAGGAGGCACCGGUCUCGCCGCCCUACGAACCUCAGUACGAGGAAGUGUACGUGCCUCGUGCCGUGACCGUGCAGCAGCAGCAGCCGCAGCACUACGGCCCUCCCGUGCCUCCCCAAGCUCGAGCUUCUGUUCCUGUUCAGAACAACAGCUACGUGUCGCGCUCUCAGCCUCGCCCUCAGCAGCAGCCGGCACGCUACACCACCCAGCCUCAGCGAUACCCUCAGCAGCAACUGCAGCCACAGCAGCAGCAGCAGCAGCGGUACAGCACGCAGCAACGUGUUGUACAGCAGUCACCUCGACGCACUGCAGUCGCGCGGCCAGCGCCGCCUAUGGUCCAGAAGGUAGUGGGUCACCGCGUGAUGGUGAGCAACCUGCAUCCUGUCGCCACCAAUGAAGACAUCAAAGAACUUUUCGGCAACCUCGGUCCCAUCUCCUCCUGCAAGAUGGCGCGCCCGGGCACCGCAGUCGUCGUCUACCUCGACCUCAACGACGCCAAACGUUCUGUUGAUGUUUAUCACAACCGCAAGCUGGACGGACAGCCCAUGCAGGUGAAGAUCAUGGGGCCCGUCACGGAGGCGUCCACCAGCGCUACGUCGUCUCUGGCCCGUAAUCCCAGAACCCGCAUGUACUGAACGCCCAAAUUGAACCUUAAAGCAGGAAGGUUACAGCCUGGAGGAGGAGAUCUGUCAUACAAAUUCCUCGGAUUAGGCGUUUUGAAACUCCUCACAUAAUUUCUUUCGAGGAUCGGAUCACGGUAUGGAAGACACGUCAGAUUACCAGAUCAUUAUCGCUUUGAACAAAAGUUUUCAAUAACUAAAGCAUCAUUCCUUCAAUCAAUGUAAACUUGUAAUUAAGCUGUCGCUAAAGUGUCAAAAAUUGUGGCCAUCUACUUCACUUCUUGCGGUGUAGUUAACCCAGCGUGCUUCACUCAAAACUCUGCGGUCCUCUCGGCAGUGUGAUGAGGAAAGUUAGCCCUGCCAACGGGCAUCCUACAAAUUCCUAUUUUAGGCUAUUAACGGCGUCAAAGUUCAAAUGCGAAUCAUUCUAAUAACAUUUUACGCUGGUUUUCAUAUUUAACCUAAUGAAACAGGUAGACAUUUAUUGAAUGAUUCGUUAUUGAACUGGUCUAGUUACUAUAUGCACGUGAAACAAUUUUUUUUUGACCGCGUGUCGAGUGGAUAUAUUCGGCUUGGAAUGGAGGAGUGGAGUUUACCCUUUCGUAAUUAAGUGACUAUUAUGGUUCUAGUAAAUUUUUGAGCAUAAAACUCGACUCAUUAUUACAUGAAAUUUAAAAAUAAUUUUCGUUUGAAACAAGACAACUGAACGGUGAACGUAUUUUCCAAUUUUUUUUUAGACUUGCUUAUGAGUUGAACGGAUCUUUGUUUACGCAUUGCUAAAAUUAAAUAAGAUUCAUUCUGUAAUUAAAAUUAGAAAUCGCUUAGAAUAAGUUAGCUACUGUAAACAAUGUAAUAUGCCCAAUAAAUAUGUGACGGAA